AUGCCGGAGAAAUUCCAGUCAGCACCAGCAGCCAUCACCAAAACCAAGAAGAAAGUUGGUUUUAAAAAUGUGAGUGAAGACAAUUCUAAAGCAGUCAAGCCAAUAGCACCCCCUCCACCCCCACCACCUGUGAAAGCACCCCAAAGCCAACAACGACCAUUAAUUACCACAGAGGAUCUACUUUUAGCGAAGAGUAGGCUAAACAGGGAAAGCAAGCGACUCUCUAAAAGAACAAUAAGUCGUGCUGAUAUUUAUGAUAAAUUCAAAGAAACAGACUUCAUACCUCUUGACUUUACCAUAAGCAGUUUGUGGAAGGAGACACUGGACAGUCAGAGUAUCAUCACUCAGUUAAACCUCAGCGGGAUAGAACAGCUGACGGACAUGUUCUUUGACUUACUGGGAGUGAGGAAGGUUGAUCUACCACAUCUUACUUUACUGAACAUCAAUGGGUGCUGCAACCUCACAGAUUUUGGGAUUUACUGGAUUGUGCAGAAUUUACAUGAGAUUACAGCAAUUUCAAUGAAAGGCUGCACAGAAGUGACUGAGCGUUCUGUCCAUUAUAUCACAGACGGAAAAAUGAAUUUACGAGACUGUCAGAUGUCUUCUACUCAGUGUCGUGCAAUUCCACUCAAGUUAGAAAAAUCUCUUGGACUCUUCAGCUUCAAGGCCUGUCCCCUGAUAUCUCCGUCGACAGAGACCUAUGUUACCCACCCAAUAUCUGCUCUGGCUCAGGGAUACUCUUCCAGUCAAUUGGAUCAAACAGGAAAUGAUUGGAUAAAUCUGGAUAAAUACAAGGUGGUCAUCCUGAAUGAGGGAGAAAAUACUAGUCUAGGGGAAAGAAUAACAAACAAACCAAGCUCAGGAAAAGGGGUUCAAACCUGGCUGGAUUGGAAACCCAAGGCUGACUCCUCUGUCACCAUCAAUCUGAUAGAAAUAGACAGAAAAUCAAACUUUGAGGGACUGGUCAUGAGCAAUGGAAGUGUGGUUAUUCUUCCGUUUUCUGACAAGUCACCAUCGUAUAUCCAGAAAAUUGCCGGCACGAUCCUGUCCAUCGUUAGUCAGUACCCAGAGACAGGUUUUUUGAUUUGCAAUCCUGAAUAUGAUGCAACACCUGCUACAGAACAUAAAUUGAAGGACAUUAUACACAGGGUCAAGGACACAUUGACCGUUGCUAUGGAGAGUCUUGCUGAAGAACUGAAUAAAGAAAUCAAGGAUAAAUGGAGGUUGAACGAAUUUAGAUUUCAUGAUCAGAUUGUGUAUACAGCGGGCAGGAAGUUAAUUCACCAUAUGGAAAAAAUCAUCGCCAGGAAAAACAAAAAAGAUGAUUCUACCCAGCUUCUUCAGUAUAUGUUAUUGGGUAAGGAGGACCAAUGCUUUGAUGCCAUAGACAAUCUGAUAUUGGAUCUACAGGACCAUUACCCCUGGCACACCUUCCAUUACUUUGCCACAAUCAGGAAGCUGAUUGAGCUCAAGUAUAAGCCUGACAAAUUCAAAGGGAACUUAGGCUAUCUGAAACAGCUGAUAAAAGCUGUGGAUGAACCUCCCCUGUCCAACCUUAACAUGAAGGACCCGUACAAGGAGAUGAUCCAAAUCCUCAGUCUCAGGCAUGAACGGGGUAUGGGAACAUUGUACCCAGACAUCCGAGGUUAUCCCUCCAUGACCAGCUUCGCGGUACUGGAGACGCUCGUGACGGGAAUCAUGGAGUCGCCUCCCGAUAAAAAGGGGUUCAUCAAGGGACUAGGAAUAGCUGUACCCUGCUACAGGAAGGAGGACUUCACUGUUAUAUUUGGCCAGUCCAUGAAUAUGAGACCCAGAAAAAUGGAAGAUGGCGAUCAUUUUGACCAGGUUGAAUUACUACUGGACAUUCUUGAGAACUCUGGCUGUUUAAUGAAGUUUCCCUGUGACCUGAAGGGGCCGGGGUAUGAGGACACGCUGGCCUACGUUCUCUUCAGAGACAUUCCUGAUCAGCCUCCAGUAUCUCUUGUUGAAUACUGGCCAGAGGAGGUUCCCAAGACUGAGAGGCAGGCUCAGAAGUUUUACAGAUUCCCGGCCUUGCCCCCCAACUUCAUGUCCACUCUCCUCAGGGAAUUCUCUCACCUACUGCAGUUUACAGUGCUGUGGAAGGGAGGCUUUAUUUGUCAGCAGGGCCCUGUUUAUCACCUGUUAGAACUUCUAGACACAGAUGGUGGCUCUACCAUUGUUGUCAGUAGUCGGGUACAGAACCCUAACAUCAUCAGUAAGGCAGCAUUCAAGGGAGACAAUGAUGGAUUAGAAAGCAUGCUUUGGAAUGGCUUCAAACAGAUCUGUUCCAUCCUUGAUGCCCAUAUUCAGAAGAACAGAAUCUAUGUGCAGAGAUACUAUACAUGCCAUCACUGUGUGCCCUCUGGCAGUAGGUAUCAGGCUGCUGACUCGGAGAAGUUUACUCACUUCUCAGAAUUAAAGAUUCUAGGAGGACAUGAUCGUGGACUUCACUGUAAAAAGAUUGGAAAUAAGGAGGCAGAGGAGGAAACCCAAGUGUCUUUGAUAAACUACUUUGGUCCUGAUUUUCAGAGAAAAGAUACAAGACAUUUACCUAAUCACAGCUGUUUUGAUGUUGAAUAUGAAAAGAUGAUAGAAGACACAGUGGCAACUCGAUCCAAUUAUACUCGCUGUUUUAUGUGUGGUAACUGCUCACGAGAAAAUCUCCAGUGCUAUGCAAAUGUUGAAAGUGGCAAAACAGUUCGGCAUUGUGGGUGUCUAAUAGCAGGAUUCCUCUGUAAAUAUUGCGGAGUUUGUAGAUUUUGUGUUCAGAGAUUAGCGAGAGCCCAUUGUGUUAUACAUCCACAGUUUCAGUCGGAAUCGUUAAUUUCUUCGAUGGGUGAAACUGAUCUAUCGCAGAAUGGCAAUUUUGUGUUCUUUUCAUCGAACUCGGAGUACAAGUUUUCCCAGCCUCUGUCUAUAGAGUACUUCAGCCACCUGAGGGCGUGCAUGCAUCGCGGACAUUUCAUCCUCAAUGUUACAUCGCCGUCAUGUCGGGUGCAGGUUUCAUGUCACGAGAAGUUCAUCAAGCAGACCCAGAUCACACCAUUCAAGGAAACAGAGAAAAUUUUACAUGUUCUGGCCCCCUACCAUAAUGGAGUUGUCUAUGAUAUAUUCUUUGACAUAAACAAGAGUGACCUGUGUGGACAGUUUUUGAGGAUAGUACAGAAUAAGAAAACAGUGUUAGAUCUGGCUGUAUCAGACAGGAAUAUGUUUGUCAGCAUCAGCUGUGUUCACCCAGGGAGUGUCUCGCUGUCCUCCAAUCAUAUGAUAGAAAUGCCAAAAAUUACAACAGUGGCACAUGGUUUCACAGGGACUGCCACAGCUAAGCUGCAGAUCCUUGGUGGAUCUUCCAUAUAUGAUGAAGACAUGAAAAAAGAUAUACUGGCUGGAGUUAAAGAAAAUGAGUUGAAGCCGUUCUGUCAGGUGAAACUGGACAGUGAGGUGGUGUACAAGACAAAAGUCCAGAGCACCUCGAGUCCGAGGUUUAACGAAACCGCCAAAUUCCAGAUUGAUGACCCGGACAGUGUUGUGGAAAUUGAAGUGUAUGAAUUUGACCACAUUGACAGCAUCCUGCUGGGAGUUGUUAUGUUAACUGUACAACAGUUAAGGGAACUAUCCAAUCAGGAGGAAUCCAAAUUACACCACCUUAAUGGAACUAGCAAUGGAAAGAUUCGCUUUAAGUGUACUUUGACCUUCAAUGAUGAGGAUAAUGAAAAAGCUUUGUCCAAAAAAUUUACUAACAACCGAGGUGACAUGUACAUUCCAAAAUGCUGCACCUGGAUACCAACUGUUGCUGAAUCCAACAUUUCUCAGAUGGCUGCUGCUUUUGAGGACAGAUUGAACAUAAGAGACUGGGUUGCAAAUAUUCAAGGUGUGAUGGUGUUAAUAUUGCCAAAUAUAAUGACAAAGGAAAUGGUGCUUUUUCCAAAGUGGAACUCAAUGGAGAAUGACCAGAUCCGAUUCCACCCUCUCUGUAAUUACAGAUUGGAGAACACCCGCCUUAAUAGCGGUGAAAGUGACACGUGGGAGUGGCAUAUCUUGGACGCACCAGGUUUUCAGAGUGAAGGGAACCUGGCCAAUACUGUCUUUCUUUGGGUGACUCAAUGUGUUCUGCUUAACUCUCCUGUCAAGCUGGAGCUAUCAACUUAUGAGAAAUUAUUCCCAGAAUUAGCAAAGGAACCUUACAUUAAUGCUAAUAUGAUCCUACACAGCAUUAACUCUUACCUGAAUUUCUCCAGUGUUCACAAACAUAUCUUCCGAGGCAUAGAUUACGCUGUGAAGCAUUUUCUGAAGUCUAAGAAACUGGAAGUUCAGACCAUGAAAUUUGUACAUAAAUCUGUGUCCAACAACUUUGAGUCCACUGGACUUGAAGUUGUACCAAGCUUCUUCAACACCAAGCACUUCCUGUUUUUGUGUCCAGGUCACAGGUGCUCUUAUGUCCGAAGCCAGGGAAUAAGUGAAGUUUCCUUACGAGGGUUUGAUACUUAUGGUAAGUUCAUUCAGAACCUGGUGUUGACCAAGAACAAUUUAACAACUCUCCCUAAAGAGGUGUUUUCCACCCUGAAGCAUCUGAAGAUUGUGGAUGUCUCAGAAAAUAUUCUAGAAUCACUGCCAGAGACGAUAGGACAGUGUGAAUUCCUGGAGAUAUUGAGACUUCAGGAGAACAAUCUGCGGGAUCUUCCGAUGGAAUUAGCUCAGUGUACAAAUCUGCAGGUGUUAAACAUUUCCAGGAACCUGAUGGAUGAGCUCCCCCUGGUGGUGACCAUGUGCUCUAGCCUGGAGCAACUCUACCUGAAUGACAUGUUCCUGACUCACCUACCAGAUGACAUAGGUUGUCUGGAUAAUCUGGAGAUUCUGUACGCCAAAGGGAACUGUUUCACUUCACUCCCCGACAGUUUUGUCAUGCUGCAGCGCCUGACGGAUCUGUCUUUACGCGGUGUUCUCUUCUUUGUGAGCUCACCGUCUUACAUUAUGUCCAGGGAUCGCUUCGAGGAACUACUGGAGGUUCAUGGAAUGGCAAGGUGGCUGGAUGCCCAUAAUGAGGACAAGGAGGAAUUGUUCAAGUCCUUUGAUGAGGAUGGUAAUGGUAUCUUAGACCAGAAUGAGAUAGGCAGACUGAAUGCCACGAUUUACAACAUCUUUCCUCGGUUCGGCUACAAAGGAAAAGAAAUCCCAGAUGAGAACACAGACAGUGGAUUUCCUAUGCAGAUACUUCAGAUUCAGAAUCUUCGCUACCUGGAUUUGACUUACCAAGGCCUGGUACACAUCCCUGAUUCCAUCUCAUUCCUCACAAGUCUCCAGCAUCUCAAUGUCAGCUAUAAUCCCCAUCUCCUGGACAUCUCAGCCAGUGUGGGCAGUCUCCCUCUCCUAACCUUGGGAAUGACCGAGUGUCCACUACUUAAAACCCCACCCAGAGAAAUUCGAGACCAGGGCUUCACAGCCUGCUAUGCCUAUCUGCGUCGUCUGCUGUCUGGGUCAGUGGAGUGCAAGAGAACUAAACUCAUGUUGGUGGGACUGGGAGAAGCAGGAAAAACAAGUCUGGCCAGAGCUCUUCAGUCCAGUGACCUUAAAUCCAGCUUGACUGGACAUGAAAGCAUCACAGAUGGCAUUGAUAUUUCUACCUGGAAGAUAUCUCAAGAUAACGAGGAGAUCUCCUACAGUGUUUGGGACUUUGCUGGACAAACAGUGUACUACAACACACAUUAUUUUUUCUUGUCCAACCGAGCUGUUUACUUUUUGGUGUGGAAUGUACGUCUUGGACAUGAGCAUGCAGGACUCAAGUUCUGGCUCAGCUCAAUUUCUGUGCACGCUCCUAAAGCUCCAGUUCUCAUUGUAGGAACUCAUGUUGACCAGGUUUCCAAAAUUGAAUUACCCAUGGAGGAACUGAAGGCCUCCUUUAGCCAAAUCCAAGGAUUUUUCUUUGUUAGUUCUUUAACAGGACAGGGUCUUGACGAACUUAAGGAGAAAUUGGUAUCUGUGACCUUGACCCAGGGAUAUAUGGGCGAGUCCAUCCCUAUGGCAUGGCUUGAGUUAGAGGACAUCAUUAAAAAGUUGAAGACAAAAACAAAGAUGGACACGAUAGACUACGACCAGCUGUUUAAGAGGGCCAGUGUAGCGGGUAUAGUGGACGAAAAAGAGUUUGCUGAGGCUGUAGCCUUUUUACACGACCUUGGGUGUCUACAGCACUUCAGUGGUAAUGAGUAUUUACACUCCAAGGUCGUAGUCAACCCGCAGUGGAUCGUGGAUGUCAUGGCGUGUGUUGUAUCCGUCAAAGAAAGCCCAAUUAAGAAUGGGAGGCUGAACCAUAAAGAUUUAAACAUAGUGUGGAAAGAUUAUCCUGAGUCCCUGCACCAGUGGCUUCUACGCCUGACGGAGGAGUUUGAUCUGACCUUCUUUAUUCCCCCUGAGGAGGGCUCAAAAGACAAAGUCAACCUAGUCCCAUGUCUUCUACCAGAAAAUAAACCCAAGUUUGAGUGGCCGGAGGCAGAUAAGAAGAGUGGUAUCACAGAGACUAAGAUGGUUUACCUGUUUGAUUACCUCCCCGCUGGGCUCUUCAAUAGGGGCCAGGUGAGACUACAAGAAUACUCUGACUAUUACAUUAUCUGGAAAAAGGGCUCAUACCUGAAGAAAGAUGGACAAAUUGCCAUUCUACAGCAAACCAAAGACACAGAGAUGGUUGUUCGAGUGCAGGGAAAGAUGCCAGAAAUCGUCCUAUUCCACAUCCAUGAGGUGUUUGAGAGUCUGAUUCUAGAGGCGUACCAGGGAGUGCGAUACGAUUUUACAAUCUCGUGUCCUGAUUGCCUGAAACACUCGGCAAAGGACCCCCACAUGUUUCUGGCUUCCACCAUACGUAGAGCCAUAGAACUAAAGGCCCCUUUCCUACAGUGCAUGGCUUACUUCCACACCAUUUCUGUCGUCGACUUGCAAUCUGUGAUGCCUCCAACCAGUAACAAUGAUUUUGAUGUCCACAUUCAGAAAGCGGUCAGUGGUUUACAAGAUCUACGCCGCAAUAUGAAGAUAGACUUGUUUCUCUCCUACUGUGUGGCCGAUGCCCCGGCAGAUGACAAGAAUGUCAUUCACCCUGCUCAGGUUCACCAAGACUUGAAGAAUGCUGGAUACACUUGUUGGUUUCCAGAGGAGAGCAAUCAGUAUUCAACUGACUUGAUGGCUCGGGCUCUCAUGGACUCCACCAUCUUUGUCGUGUUUGUGUCCACUAACUACGCAAAUGACCGAUCCUGUACGGACAUCUUUAAGUAUGCCAAGCUGACCCUGGGGAAGCCGAUGGUGGUGAUCGUUGUGGGGGAGGAUAACUAUUCCUGGAGGAAAACUAAUCUGGGGCUGCUACUCCCUGAUGUGUCCUUUGUCAACAUGAUCAAUUCUAAGAAGUACAACUACAACAGUAAGUUCCAGGAGCUGCUCGGAAAGUUAGAUGAGUUGAUGAACUUAACUGGUAAGGUCAAGGACAGAGAGAGCCCGGAAUGUUUCAUCAGUUACUGCUGGAAGAACUCGGCCCAAGCUGUGGCCCUAGGUACCAGAUCUGGAUCAGCUUCAUUAGGGUUUGGAGAUCCAAGGGAAAUCAAAUCCUACCUGGAAGAAAACUGCAUCAAUUGUUGGAUUGAUGUGGAAAGGAUUGGGAUGAAUGGGCUGUUUGAUGAGAUAGCUAAAGGUCUGCUGGAGAGCCGCGUGGUGGUGGCGUGUGUUUCUGACGAUUACGUGGAGUCUCCCAGCUGCUGUAAAGAGUUCCGCUACGCCUGCACCGUCCUGAACCUGCCCAUUGUCAUCUGCGUCGUAGGAACCGGGCACAAGUGGAGGAGGAGUGAGGUAGCCAUGCUGUCUGUGAACUAUCCUGUUGUCAGCUUCCAGUUGGAGAGUGAUGAAGCACAUCCUAAACUGCUACAACUUGUGGAGGAGACGUUGGCCUCUAGUAACCAAGACAACAAGGAAAAGGAGAAGAAGAAGGAGGGGACAUCAGACAAGGACAAAGACAAACAGUUCAAGGAGCUUUAUGAGUUAGCUCAGAGAAAGUUUCUAAGACAGAUAACAAAAUAUGCUUCAAAUCAUGAUGUGGAACCUUACCCUCGAUUGUUUGUAGCUGACAUUGUACCACUGGAGGAAAAUAUUCCCACUCUAGAUAAAUCCCUGUCAAUAGAAGAAAAAUUUGGGAAUAAAGAAGAGAACCAGUUGGAGAAAGGAGAAACAGAGGUCAUAAAUUCAGGGUUCGUCUCCAGACGGUUCUCCAUUAACAUCUUGUGUGAAUGUGACCAGGGCUGGCAUAGUGUGGACAAAGCCAUGAUGCUUCCAGAAGAUUUUGGGACAGAAUACCUUAAGAAGUAUGCCCCGUACCUGUCUCGCAUCACAGCCAUUAUGAAGCACAGUAAGAACUAUGUGAUGGACUGUAUGACAGAUGAGGAUGGACAAAAUUACAUGAAGUGGCUGUUUGAGUCAGCGGAUGCGGUUCUGCCAGACUUUAUGAAGGAUUACCAGGACCUAAGAGAACUGGUCAUGGAGAUGGACUCCCAGAGGACGUACGGGUGUCUCUCCAGGUGCCGACUGUCCAGUGGGAAAGUUAUCUGGUUGUGUGAGGAACACAUCAAAGAUAUGAAGGUCACGGUGCUGGCCAAGGACGCUGUCGCUAAGAAAAACAAGGUCUCUAAUCCCGAACGACCAGAGUACAUUGCUGAAUGGCUGCGUAAAGUGGAUUCUGAAAAACUAAUGAAGAAAUUUGACUCCUCCGAAAAAGUCAAGAGAAAAUUUGAUCAAUCACUGGUGGACAAAGCUUUAGUAGUAGCUGAUGAUGUAAGACAACAUGCAGGCAUCUUUGGUAAAGCUAUGACUGAUCAACUUCUAAAAGACAUAUCACAAGGGUUGACUCCCGGACAGAUUAAAUCAAGGUCCCAGCAGGCCAGAGCUGUCCUACGACAUGGAUCAGCCAUUAGACGUCAAGAGAUUCAGAAACCGGAGGCUGUCGUAAAACGCCACGCUACCACAUCAGUCACCUCUGCAGACAUGGCCAAGUCACCACCCAAAUCAGGGGAAUCCACACCCAAACUGAAGAGACCAACAAGUCAGGCCUGCAGUGUCAUGUGACAUUACCAUGUGACCGGACCUGUCAAUCAAAUGUCAAAAUCAUGUCUGUGAUAUCCUAAAUACAUAUCAUAACUGACUGUAGUUGUUUAUUUGUAUGCAGGAAGAGUCUUUUUUUUCAUUAAUCCAUCCAUGCUUAUUAGUUCUAUCUGAUAACACAAUUUAUUUAUAUUAAAUCAUUUAUUUAUACUAUU